UGUUCAAAUCGUAUUAUUUUCUUUAGCCUGGAUUACCCCUUUAGGAAUAGGUAUAUAGCGGGGGAUGUUGAUUAGUGCCAAGAUAUAUGAUCCUUUUCAAAGAUUUUUUUUCUUCCAAGAUAUAUCAUUUAUUUAGGUGUUUGAAGCCAUUUUACGAAUAGACCCUACAUUAGAAAGAAGAACAAUAGCUGAUGAAUUUUAUCGCAUGAUAACCAUAAUUGGCAAAUGUUCUAUCAUGAGCAUGAUGAGUGAAGUCUGUGAAGAGCAUUUUCAAACAAAAGAAACUGAUGAAAAGUGGGAUUGCAUUUUUUUUUUACAGAAUCUCCAUAAUGAGUUAUACGUUUAAGAUGUAUUUCAUAGUUGAUCGUAGAGGGCGAUAUUUUUAUGUUGUGAUACUUGGUAUGGAAAAGUACGUCAGUUCGCUCGGAGCUGUGAUGACGUGCAGUUGUAAAUAGUAGCUCCCGAUAUUAAACUAAGACUUACACCGUACACUAGAUCUUUCCACUGUGCUUUCUUUAUAAGUGGUUCAAGAUGAGGCACCGGGUGGCGUCUGACUUUGAAUGCUUCGACUGUGGAGCGAGGUUCUCACAUAAAAGGAGUCUGCACCGACACAUCGACGAGAGACAUCGACGUCAAAGGCUGUAUACUUGUGACAUUUGUGAGAAGGGGUAUUCCCGCAGAGAUAACCUUAGGGCCCACAUGGUGAGUCAUGAGAGACGUUCAAAAGUGAGGUCGGAAGUCCACUUGAGCGACAAAGGAGGGAAAGAACGUGAACGUGAACGUGAAAAAGGUCGGGAAACUCGAGAACAUGAGGAGAAGACAACAACUCGGAUCUGCAGUGAGGUACAAGAGCCAACCAUUGCUGAAGCAGAGAUUCAAGUCGACGUCUCUCCUGGCACUAUGGAAGCGGUAAAUUCUUGGAAAAUGGGCCCAGGACUCAGUGGGAAACCACUUAGCCUCCUGCGUCAACAGGUGCAAGAUGAGCAGUCUGAGGAGUCUGAGGAGUCUGAGUCCGAUCUUGAAGAUGAACAGGAGGGGGGCAUGGACUUGCCUGAGAAAGUGAAGUUGGGAAAGCCUAUCGGUGACUUGAAACCGACCAGGAUUUUAGCAGGGAACUUAGUCCGAGUAGCCGAACAUAGUUCAGCAUACGUGUUUUCCGGAGGAUCGAAAUCUAUUUACGAGGAAAAGGCACGGACCUACCACAUGGUGGUGGUAAAAGCUGUCGAGUCGGUCCCUGAAGCUUCAUACACCAAGAUUAAUCAUGUACGUGAGGGGCAUGUGGGUCCGGCUAUGUCCGUAGAGGAUUUGGAGCGUGGACUUAUCGGAAACCUAAAAACUAUCACCGAAAAAACCACGCGCCGAGUGUUCCGAAAUGGAGAAUUAGUAUCGGAGGACGAAGUCAUAAAGGAGUUUACGGUGGAUAUGAUGGUGGGAACAACCAAGGCCGAAACAGAUUGAUCAGCUAAAGAUCUCAUCAUCCAGAACACUUUUAAGAACUUUUGUUAUAUAUAAAAAACAGUAUCUCUUCCGUGAGAAACAUUCCGUCUUGUUGUUUUGUAUUCCGAUUUAUUGCCUUGAUGUAUGUUAUAACCUAUGUCUUCCUUGCCUUUCUUCUUAUCUUUCCUAUAUCCUCCUCAUCUUGACAUUUUUCUGCUCUCUCUACAACUCUCUCCGCUUUUUCUAUAUAUUUCUGUACAUAUAUCAUUUUGUUCUUGUUUUGUGAGAACAGUGCUUGAUUAAAGUUAUAUUUUGAUGUCAUCGAUCAUGCAGUUGAAAAAAAAAAGAUCAGUAUCUACUUUUUAUACAAAACAUUUAAUACCUCAUGUUUGGACAUGAAACUCAAAAUGUUAUUUGGUUUUCUUUAGGAAGUCUUAGAGAUGUCUUCAAACUCAUAAGUGUGUUAAGAAGAGUGCUUUCUUUUUAUGCUAUACCUGUAUAUACCUGUAUAUUCUUAACGAUAUUUUUUUUGUACUUAUUGUUUCUGCCAAAGAUGUUUCACUCUUGAAGGGUGAGUUGAGUUUUGAAAGGAUUUAUUUUUAGUCUUUUUAGUUUUAUACCUGGUCCGAGGACAGCCCAGACUUGGGGAGGGGCUGUGUAGCAUAAUGAGUUAUACGUUUAAGAUGUAUUUCAUAGUUGAUCGUAGAGGGCGAUAUUUUUAUGUUGUGAUACUUGGUAUGGAAAAGUACGUCAGUUCGCUCGGAGCUGUGAUGACGUGCAGUUGUAAAUAGUAGCUCCCGAUAUUAAACUAAGACUUACACCGUACACUAGAUCUUUCCACUGUGCUUUCUUUAUAAGGUGAGUGUUAUAGUGCUUGAUUCGAUGUAUUUCAGAGAGGUCUGAGAGGAAGAGAGUGUACCACGUUAUACAAUAGACUUUUGUGAGAGAAUCUGCCCCCCAAAACAAUUGAAUGAGUGAAGAACAGCGUGGACCGGGUUCUAGAGACUGCGAGACGGCAGA